AUGGCGGCGGAGCGGAGUCGCUCCCCGAUGUUGUCGCCGGUCCCGGCCUCUAUGUUCGCCCCCGAGCCCACCUCCCCCGGGGCGGCCAGGGCUGCGGCGGCGGCUGCCCGGCUCCACGGCGGCUUCGACUCGGACUGCAGCGAGGACGGCGAGGCGCUCAACGGCGAGCCGGAGCUGGACCUCACCAGCAAGCUGGUUCUAGUGAGCCCUACAUCAGAGCAGUAUGACAGCCUACUUCGGCAGAUGUGGGAGAGGAUGGACGAGGGAUGCGGAGAGACCAUUUAUGUCAUUGGGCAGGGAUCAGACGGGACUGAGUACGGGCUGAGUGAAGCCGACAUGGAGGCCUCCUACGCCACGGUGAAGAGCAUGGCGGAACAGAUCGAGGCCGACGUCAUCCUCCUGCGGGAGCGGCAGGAGGCAGGCGGCCGUGUGCGCGACUACCUGGUGCGGAAGCGAGUAGGCGACAAUGACUUCCUGGAGGUCAGGGUAGCAGUGGUGGGCAACGUGGACGCCGGCAAAAGCACACUUCUGGGGGUCCUGACUCACGGGGAGCUAGACAAUGGCCGCGGCUUUGCCCGCCAGAAACUCUUCCGCCACAAACACGAGAUCGAGUCCGGGCGCACCAGCAGCGUGGGCAACGACAUUCUGGGCUUUGACAGCGAAGGCAACGUGGUGAACAAGCCAGACAGCCAUGGGGGCAGCCUGGAAUGGACCAAGAUCUGCGAGAAGUCCACUAAGGUGAUCACCUUCAUCGACUUGGCUGGCCACGAGAAGUACCUGAAGACCACGGUCUUCGGCAUGACUGGCCACCUGCCUGACUUCUGCAUGCUCAUGGUGGGCAGCAACGCUGGCAUCGUGGGGAUGACCAAGGAGCACCUGGGCUUGGCGCUGGCGCUCAACGUGCCUGUCUUCGUGGUGGUCACCAAGAUCGACAUGUGUCCUGCCAACAUCCUGCAAGAAACGCUGAAGCUGCUGCAGCGCCUGCUGAAGUCUCCGGGCUGCCGGAAGAUCCCGGUGCUGGUGCAGAGCAAGGACGACGUGAUCGUGACAGCCUCCAACUUCAGCUCUGAGAGGAUGUGCCCGAUAUUCCAGAUCUCCAACGUCACGGGCGAGAACCUAGAUCUGCUGAAGAUGUUCCUCAACCUGCUCUCCCCCCGCACCAGCUACCGGGAGGAAGAGCCCGCGGAGUUUCAGAUCGACGACACCUACUCCGUGCCGGGUGUGGGGACAGUGGUGUCGGGGACCACACUGAGGGGCCUCAUCAAGCUGAAUGACACGCUGCUGCUGGGCCCAGAUCCCCUGGGCAACUUCCUGUCCAUUGCUGUCAAAUCGAUCCACCGCAAGCGCAUGCCUGUCAAGGAGGUGCGGGGCGGCCAGACGGCCUCCUUCGCGCUGAAGAAGAUCAAGCGCUCCUCCAUCCGGAAGGGCAUGGUGAUGGUUUCGCCGCGCUUAAAUCCCCAGGCAUCCUGGGAGUUCGAGGCUGAGAUUCUGGUCCUCCAUCACCCCACCACCAUCAGCCCACGCUACCAGGCCAUGGUGCACUGCGGGAGCAUCAGGCAGACGGCCACCAUCCUGAGCAUGGACAAGGACUGUCUGCGCACCGGGGACAAGGCCACCGUGCACUUCCGCUUCAUCAAGACCCCCGAGUACCUGCACAUAGACCAGCGGCUGGUGUUCCGGGAAGGCCGAACCAAAGCGGUGGGCACCAUCACCAAGCUCCUCCAGACCACCAACAACUCCCCCAUGAACUCCAAGCCCCAGCAGAUUAAAAUGCAGUCGACGAAAAAGGGCCCCCUGGCCAAACGCGAGGACGGGGGGCCCCCCGGAGGGCCGGCAGUGGGGGCGCCGCCCCCUGGAGAUGAAGGCUGCUCUCUGGGGUCCGCACAGCCGCCUGCGUCCAGCAGCCUCCAGCCGCAGCCCAAGCCCAGCAGUGGGGGCCGGCGACGGGGGGGCCAGCGUCACAAGGUGAAGUCCCAAGGGGCCUGCGUGACUCCUGCCAGCGGCUGCUAGGUCCCCCCACCCCCACGCCGGUCCCCAAGGACCCUCAUACUCGGGGCCCUGCUCCACCAGACAGGCCAGCACCACUCUGACGCCCCCGCCCACCCCCAGGCCACAGCCGCGCCUCCUCAUUUCCCUCACCCCCGUUUUCCAGGGGGGGUUGUAAUUUAUAAGCUGAGGAAGGUGGUCAGACGUCCAGAGGACUGACCAUCUCCCUCCCUCUUCCUGUCUUCGUCUUCAGACACAUUUUUUGUAAUCUGGACGGGCCCUUCGUUUUUAUUCUUUGUAUUAUCUCUGCCUGCGUGUCCGUGUGGGCGGGGCGCGGCGGCCCCUCUCCUCCGCCGCCCCGGCCUGUCUGAGGGGUGACCCUCUGGGACUGAGGGGAGCUGCAGCACCCGCUGCCUUGGCUCACUCCGCUCGGGCCCCUCCAGCGCCGGUCUCGGGGCGUUCACAGGGCAGAGGGGCGGCGGCCUCUUUCCUCUCCUGGUUUUUCCUCCACCCAAGACAGGUAACGCCAAAAGCUCCUAGGCCGUAACCUGUAGCUGUGUGGCAGGGGUGGCGAUGAUUGCAGGGCUCUGCCCGCCCCAGCUGACCCUUGGCGUUGACCCAAAGACAGCGGACAGCUUUCCUCCCCUUGGAGACAAUCCCGCGUGUGCCCCACCAGGGGCUGCCUCCUGUGGUCUCGGGCUCCGAAGCCCGCAGGCCCGGCACUGGUGACCGAGCGGGGGCCGGCAGUGGUGAGCUGCCCCUUCGGCUGGGCUUUGUGGUGUCCCCUGUGCCGCUGAGGAGCCGGCACCCCGCCCCGCUUGCUCCCCAGUACGGAAGUGUGAGGAGGACAGGUCCAGGGUAGCAAAGAAAAACUUUCAGGCCCAACAGAGCAUUAAAGCCUCUGGAAGAAUCACUGCUGGGGUGGGGGUGGGGGUGGGCUGCGCGGGCCAGGGGCGGCCACGUGGGCCGUGAGCCAGCCUGGGCUGAGCUGUGGCUGGUGGCGAAGAUACAUCCCCGCGUGCGGGGCAGACACCCAGCUGGCUGGGUCCUCCCCAGCCUCGCCGCCCCGCCCCCAUCCUUCCCUUUGCCUCCAAACUACUGGCCCCCUCCCCCCCCCAGCUCUUUCUAGUGACCACUGACCGUGGCUAUGGGCCAACCAGACCAGCACACAGAUUAAAAGUUGGUUCAAGUUGCCAGAGUCCUCUCCCCUGCCAGGCCCGCCCUCGGGCAGGCGCCAGCGCCCAGGACCCCCCCUCCCCCGCCGGGCGGCACAGUGACGCCCACGACCUCGCACCUGUCCCAGCAGGUGGAGCCGCAGCCGGGCGGUGGGUGGUGGGCAGUGGCCGUGGCGCGAGCACCGGGUAUGAUGGGCCCUUCGCUCUCGGGCCUCUGGGGCCCCCGGCCAGGGCCGGGCUGGGGGCUCGUGGCGCCAGCUCUGCUCCCCGGCUGGCCGGCUCUGAAGCCAGCAGUUACCACCUGAGGGGCGCUGGUGGCCCCUCAGCUGAGGGAGCAGCUCGGGAGCACAGUGUCACCAGCGGGCUUGUUCCCGGCCCCUCCCGGCCUGGGCCUCUGCCCUCUCUGACCACUGGCCACUGCCCUUUGGCUCUGGCUUGAUUACAGGGGCUGCUGCCCCCUGGUGCCUGCGUGACAGGAGGACUGCAGUCCCCGUUCCCCCGCAGACUGGGCCCCGACAGCCUCGGGGGCGGAAACGUAGCUCUGGCCCACAAGCACAGCCGCCGACGUCAGAAACCGCCCCCACCUGGCCUUUGCCCCCCCCUCGGGCUCUGACAUCCUGCCGGCAGGCCCACUCCUGCUGGCAGGGGCUGCGUGGGCUGCCCUGGACGACCAGGUCCCCUGCUGGCCUCGGCCCAGCGCUCCACCCGGAACAAGACACCAGCCCUUUUGUAGCUGACUGAGAAUAAAGUUGUUACUCUGA